AUGGAUGAUUCUAUGGACUUUAUUCCAAGCGGAACUGUAAAUGAUUCGGCAUGUUGUUCUGCAGGGGAGAGCUAUACCCAUACAUACCGGCAGUCAACCUCUUUUCAAGGGAAUUCAUCACUUUUAAAUCCUAAUAUUCUCGAGACAACAGAAUUUAACGAUGGCAUGCACGCUGGCAUUGUAUUAGCUAACUUGUCUGGUUUUCGAGACCGGAAGUUCAUGUGCGAUGUGGAGAUCGAAGUCGAUGGCCAAGUAUUUCUAGCGCACGGAUAUGUUUUAGCUGCAGCAAUUCCUUAUUUCUAUUCAAUGUUCGCGUCAGAUAUGAUGGAAGCACACCAGAAAAGGAUUGUUAUUAAGGACCUUCCUGUGUCAGCUUUUAAAGAAUUGCUGAAUUAUGCCUAUACUAGUAGAAUACGGAUAAGUGGAGACAAUGUUCAGCAGUUAUUAUAUGCCGCCUCUAUACUUCAGAUGGAUGCAGUUUGUGGCGCCUGUCAGAAGUUUCUUACCCAAUAUUUGACAACUUCAAACUGUUUGUCGAUAAGGCACUUUGCAGAACAACACAACUGUGUUUCUUUAAUGUUCUCUGUUGAUGAGUUCACAAUGGAGCAUUUCCCGGAACUUCGACAAUUGCACGAGUUUCUUCAAAUUCCAUUCAAUCAUCUGGUAGAUCUUUUGAAAAGUCCAGAUCUCAAAGUAAAUAAUGAAAUAGAAGUGAGUGUUUCGUUAUACAAACUUCUUCUGGGAGUUGAGCUUGAAAUGUUAAAGUGUGUAUUUGAAACUGUUAUGCAAUGGGUUGAAGAAAAUGUUACUGACAGGAAACAGUUGUUACCAGAACUUCUUAAUUUGGUUCGUCUCCCAGAGCUUCCUGCUCCGUUCCUACUGGACGUUGUGAGGUGCAAUAGAUUAAUAGUUGACUGUCUGAAGUGUCGGGAAAUAGUGGCAGAUGCCAUCUCUGAAGUACUCCGUUCACGAAUUGCCGAUUUAGUACUUACAAAGAAUGACUGUUUUUCAAAUGAAAAUAAAUUUGUAAGCACUCUCGAUCCAUCCGUUUCUGGAAAACAGUCUCCAAGUGUGAUGUCUUCGGAUGCGGAAAAAGGCAGCGAUAUAUUAAACUGUGAUGUUUCAACUCCUCCUCCUCAAACAACUAGUAAGUGGGCGAACUGUAGGCCGAGGAAGAGUGCUGCUGGCGUGGUUUUUUGCGUUGGUGGUAGAGGUACAUUGGGAGAUCCCUUCCGUUCGGUUGAAGCAUACGACUGGCGGAAAAACAAAUGGUUUGCUGUCAGGGGGAUUCUUAAUUCUGAUCUAACAUGUAAAGCUACACAAUACGCCAUCGGAGGACACGAUGGUUCUAAUCAUCUUAAUACGGCUGAGUGCUUUGAUCCUUCCACUAACAUGUGGCAUAAUGUGGCUUCAAUGGAAAGUCGUCGGCGAGGCAUUGCUGUUGGGACUUUAAUCGGAGCUAUUUAUGCCGUUGGUGGGUUGGACGACAGUGCUUGCUUCCAGACUGUUGAAAGGUACGAUAUUGAAGCAGAUAAAUGGUCAUCUGUAGCUUCAAUGAAUGUACAAAGAGGGGGUGUUGGCGUUGCAGCCUUAGGCCGUUACUUGUACGCGGUUGGUGGCAAUGAUGGCACAUCUUCGCUAGAUUCUUGUGAACGUUAUGAUCCUGUCCUUAACAAAUGGAUUUUAGUGGCGAGCAUGCAGCAUCGCAGGGCUGGUGCUGGAGUUACUGUUUUGGGCGGAUGCUUGUAUGCGAUAGGAGGUUUUGAUGAUAAUGCUCCACUGCCUUCAUGCGAGCGGUAUGAUCCUUCAACCGAUAAGUGGGAGCUUCUGUCCCAAAUGUCUUGUCCUCGAGGUGGAGUUGGAGUUGCGGCAAUGGGUGGAAGGAUAUAUGCUGUUGGUGGUCAUGACGGGGUAAGGUACCUGAAUUCUGUCGAAGCUUAUGACCCACUCUCAAACCAAUGGUCACCGGUCGCCACUAUCAGUACUUGCCGAGCUGGCGCUGGAGUUGCAUGGGCAGAUUGUCACGUCGAUUCUCUGCUACGUCCACCGUCGAUGGCUUUAGGGAAAGAUAGCGGUUGUGCACCAUGUGUUACUGGUGUUGCCCACUGCGUAUGA